AUGGGACUCUAUCUCUAUGCUCACCACCAAGUGAAAUGUCAAAUAGCUUCUUCCCACCUUCUUGGCUAUGGCAAUAGCAAACUACAUAACGGAUGGAAAAGUGUGAUUGCUAGCAGCAAUCCUCUGGUGGCUGAGAUAGGCCAGAGGUUGUGGCCGUUGGUGGUGACCAAUAAAGCUGAGGAACUUCGGGAGGUUACUAUGAUGAAGGAGAAACUAUCGUCAUUGCUGGCAGAUUUGUUUGGUUUCUUGGCUUGGUUCUUUAUUGUUCUCGUUGCGACGUGGCUGGAGUUAUUGGUUAUUGCCCUUUUACUGUGA